CGCGCCCCCCGGGACUCCCCGGGACCCUCCGGGACCCUCCGGGACCCCCGCCAUGGAGGAGGUGACCCCCCCGGAUCUUCUGCCCUUCCUCCUGCAGAACUGGGGUGCUCAGGAGGCGGGGGGGGCAGCGCCGUUCGUGGAGAUCCUGGAGCAGCCCAAGCAGCGCGGGAUGAGGUUCCGCUACAAGUGCGAGGGGCGCUCGGCCGGGAGCAUCCCCGGGGAGCACAGCACCGAGACCACCAAGACCCACCCCACCAUCCGCGUGAACAACUACCGGGGCCCGGGGCGGGUGCGGGUGUCGCUGGUGACCAAGGACCCCCCCCACCGCCCCCACCCCCACGAGCUGGUGGGCAAGGACUGCAAGGACGGCUUCUACGAGGCUGAGCUGUGCCCCGAGCGCAGCAUCCACAGUUUCCAGAAUUUGGGAAUUCAGUGCGUGAAGAAGCGGGAGCUGGAAGCAGCAGUGGCCGAGCGGAUCCGCACCAAUAACAACCCCUUCAACGUGCCGGCCGAGCAGCGCGGGGGCGAGUACGACCUGGCCGCGGUCAGGCUCUGCUUCCAGGUGUGGGUGAGGGGCCCGGGGGGGCUGCGGCCCCUCCCCCCCGUCCUGUCCCAGCCCAUCUACGACAACCGUGCCCCCAGCACGGCCGAGCUGCGGAUCUGCCGCGUCAAUCGCAACUCCGGGAGCUGCCGGGGCGGGGACGAGAUCUUCCUGCUGUGUGACAAGGUCCAGAAAGAGGACAUCGAGGUUCGUUUCUCGGCCGAGGGUUGGGAGGCCAAGGGCUCGUUCGCCCAGGCCGACGUUCACCGCCAGGUCGCCAUCGUCUUCCGCACGCCGCCCUUCCGGGACCCCGCGCUGCGCGCCCCGGUCACCGUCCGCAUGGAGCUGCAGCGGCCCUCGGACCGGCAGCGCAGCGCCCCGGUGGACUUCAGAUACCUGCCCCACCAGG